AUGAACGACAUUCCAUUAUAUUUCCAAAACCUUAACCAAAGUGGUGGGACAAGUGAGUCACAGUCAUUUCCUCAAGACCCCCUAAUUCCUAUAAAACAAGAGCUUCCUCAAAAAGCCAAUGUCGAACAAACAGAAAUCCUCCACAAUUGUGCUCCUUUCAUAUCGAAGUUAUACACCUUAGUUAAUGCGCCUGAAUACUCUGAAUUGAUUGGGUGGAGUCAAGAACACAAAGAGAAGGCAUUUGUGAUCAAAGACAGUGUUCGAUUUUCAAGUGAAGUCUUACCCUAUCAUUUCAAACACUCCAAUAUUGCUUCGUUUGUUCGGCAAUUGAAUAUUUAUGGGUUUCACAAAUUGGAGUGUAGAAAUGGCCUUUGUUUUUCACAUGAUUUCUUUGUGAAGUCACAACCCUUGUUACUUGAAAGAAUUAAAAGAAAGAAAAACAAGAAGAAUCCGCCUGUGGAAACACAGCCGUUUCAGUCGGAAAAUGAAGUCUGUAAAGUCUUUGCACUUCGGAUGGAUUUAAAUAAAGUCGAGAAGGAUUUACUGGAGGUCAGACAUGAAAUUCAAAACGACUUGAUGCGUUGGGAAGACUUAAAAAAUCGACUCCAACAAAUCGAAAUGUUCGCACCAAUGCUCUAUCAAAUGAGUCAAAAUUUCCUCAACGCUUCUCAACAGAACCAAAACAGACGUACACAAGACCAACAAGAAAGGAGAAGAGAUGAAGGCCCAACCCAUUAA